UUGAAACCGGAACUCUCAGACGCCAUGGAAACACAUGACGCUGACCUGUGCUGCUAAAUUGACAGCUAGCUAGCAUCAAUAGAAUAGCUAGCUACUGGUGAGAUUAAUGUCUCGGAAAGCAAUGAAAGUGGUAGUUGACUUACAGUUUAGAGCGGUAUCAUGCCCUGGUGUGCAUUUGCCAGCCAAGGAUGACAUCUACCUCAGUGUGUGCUUCAUGAGCCAAUACCGCAAGUCGGAGUGUCUCCCCCCUGUCUUCCCUCUCCUGUUUCGAGAGAAGAUGAGAUUUGAGAAAGUGUUCCACUAUGCUGUUGACCCAGGAGAUGUUGCAGAGAUGCUGGAAUAUGAAACGGUCAAAGUUGAACUGGUACAGUUGAUCCCCCCAGUGGGGGAGGCCCUGGCCUGCUUUGAGGAAGACGCCAGACACUUCCUAUUUCCAGAGCCCAAAUUGGUCCCAUCCUUCUCUGGAGUAGACAGAGAGGUUCUGAUGACACGCUCCAUUAGCUUCCCUGGCAUUGCUCCAAGGUUAGAGUUCUCCACCAGAACAACCAUCAGUGAGUGCUCUGCGAACGCCGAGGUCAACAGCACCCAUCUCAGGUCUCCAAUGAGGACAGUGGUGCCAAAGAAACGCACUAAAAGGUCCCGAAAGGGACACCGGAGAGGAGAUUGGGACGGUGCCCGGCGGGCACCAGUUAUGCCCAGAUCACGCUCCCUCUCCCCGUGCAAAGCCAGCCAGAUGGACGGUUGUCAUGGAAACAUGGGGCGGCUGGCACAGCUCAGUUUGGGUUCCAGCUGGGAUAUAGAUGAGGAGUUUUUACCCCGUCAUAAAAGCGACCUCUGGCUUGGGACUGGACACUCCCCUACACCCCACCUCUCCCCUGUCAUGGCCAGACCCACCCUGACCAACGACUCCUCUCCUCUUCUCCCACGGUCCCUGUCCUCUGACACAGACAAUCUCCUGGACUACCCACCAGGUCCAAGCCAACGGUGUUCCCUGGUUAACAUAGGGAGAUCCUCCACCCCUCCACCCAGCCAUUCCAUACUUUGGCACUCCUACGGGGAAAGCUCGAGACAAAAUGGGUCACGCCCCAGCUCCCAGGGCAUGUGGGAGGAGGUCCAACACCGUGUCCGAGGACUCCUUACCACCCCUAGAGCGGUGCACAGACUCGCCCAUGGGGCCACAGACUCCGAGAUAGACGAGGUGCUAGCCCGGAGGUCCAUCUCCCCUAACCGAUGCCCACCCUAGGGAGUCAGUGGGGAACGGCCUGGGAAGGGGUGCCUUUCACUCAACAACUUGAAGCUUUAUCUUCUAUACCACCAGUGAAGAAGCCAAAGUGUCCGGUUCAUUUCAGCAUUGAUUUCAUAAUAAUGUCAUAAUUCACUCUGUGUGUGUGUGUGUGUGUGUUACGGUUAGCUGAAAUGAAGUAUUAAGGCAUACGGUGGCUAUUGCAGAGAAGUGAUUACCAGAAUUCAAAGCAUCUCAUUAUAUUGACGCUAAUGUUAUUAGUCAUUUUGUAUGUUUAUUUAUGGUAUUGAAUUGAGGCAGAAACCAUAGAAAUGCAUAUCAUUAUAGUUGUGUUCUGUGGACAUGGUCAUUUUGUGUGAAUAAAACGUUGUGUUAUCUAACAAAAACAAUCAUGAAUUUCUCACCCUAUAUUGAAUGUACAGUUUUUGAAAAUAUAAGCUAUGGUACAGUAACAUAUUGUUACUCUUGGGUGUGUUCAGGAGAGCGAAACCUGCAGAUAGAACUGUAACGUGUAGAGCAGCCUGGGUUGCCUAUUCUCCAUGACAAAGAAGAAUAUCUGCUCAACACAAUGUAUAUCUAUCUGAACGUUGUCAUGUCGCACCUUCCUGAAUGAGCCUCUGGCCUCUAGCCAGCAAACGGGCUGACUUUGUGGAGUCCUCGGGUGCGUCGGUGGAAAGAUGUUAAAGGGGAAUUAUGGGUAGGUCGAUUGUGCUCUUUGUGCUCUAACAACUCUCAGGGGAAAUAGCCGGUUAGGUGAUUUAUAUAUUACUGCACCGGCUGGCUGCUUCAGGAACAUUCUGUUCCAUCACUGUACCUUUCUAAGCUAUGACAGUUCAAUAGCUAGUCUAGAGGAUCCGAAACCGCAACCUGUGGUAUAAUACAGUGACUGCAGUAUUUCAAAUGGUUUGCGAAGUCGUUCUUGUAGAUAAAAGCAAGGCUGUACAGUAAAGGAUGCACAUCCGAUGGUCAGAUGCUGGACAGGAAGAAACAAGUAAAUGAAAGCAGUAAUGUCCACAACUCUAAUUCUGCAUUCUCAACCAUUUCCAAAGCCACUCAAAAAGAGAAACGCCCAAGUUGUAUUUUUCUUUAUUAGCU